AUGUCCCUCUACGGAGAGAAACCCAUGGACACCGACAACAGAGAUGCCAUCGCUAGGGGUCUGGUGGAUAUUUUAAAACCUGCUGUUGAAGAGAUCGACAACAGGGUGCAGGAUGUCAGGCACAGCCAGGUGGAGCUGCGACAACAGAUUGACAGCUUUUGUGAAGACCUCAAGAAAAUCGCAGAGACUGAUCCUGUGCCCUUGGAGCUGGAGCCGUACAUGAAAAAGUUGAACAACUCCCGAAGACGCGUUAUGUUGGUCAGCAGUAUCUUACAGAACGUACAGGAUCGACUAAACAAACUUCACCAGAAUAUUUCCAAGGAAACUGCCAGAAGAAAAUCCAUGCUUGAUCCGUCCUCCCCGACACACCAGAAAUGA